GGCAUAGACCGUGAGAUUCACAGUACGCCUUAGUAUGGGUGGUACUUGAUCUUGAUGGUUGAUCCUCGUCAGUUUCUCUCUCUAUUCUUCGAAUUUGUAAGCAAGGACACGCAGACUCUCGCCGUAUCUCUGGAAUCAUCAGCAAACAGAACAGCUAAAGAAGUAAUUGAAGCAAUGGAAAAACAUCUUCUAGAGAGUGUACGCACGGUGGUUUUCAAAGAAUCAGAGACUCUGGAAGGCUCUUGUCUUAAGAUCGAGGGCUGUGAUUUCAACCAAGGGGUGAACUAUUCUGAACUUCUCAGGUCCUUGAUCUCUACUGGUUUUCAAGCCUCCAAACUUGGAGAGGCCAUUGACAUCGUUAAUCAAAUGUUAGAGUGGAGCCUUGCUGAUGAGUGUGUGACGGAAGAUUGUAGUGAGGAGGAGAGAGACCCGGCAUAUAGAGAGUCCAUGAAGUGCAAGGUUUUUCUGGGUUUUACUUCCAAUCUCAUAUCGUCUGGUGUUCGAGACACGGUUCGCUAUCUUGUUCAGCAUCACAUGGUUGAUGUGGUGGUUACAACAGCUGGUGGUGUAGAAGAAGAUCUUAUAAAAUGUCUUGCGCCCACAUAUAAAGGUGAUUUUACUCUGCCUGGAGCUCAUUUACGGUCAAAAGGAUUGAACCGCAUUGGUAACUUGUUGGUUCCCAAUGACAACUAUUGCAAAUUUGAGGACUGGAUCAUUCCAAUUUUUGACCAGAUGUUGGAAGAGCAGACUGUAAAGAAUGUAUUAUGGACGCCAUCUAAAUUAAUUGCUCGAUUGGGGAAAGAAAUAAAUAACGAGAGUUCAUACCUUUACUGGGCAUACAAGAACAAUAUUCCAGUCUUCUGUCCUGGCUUGACAGAUGGCUCACUGGGGGACAUGUUAUACUUCCAUUCUUUCCGCAACCCUGGCUUGAUCAUUGAUAUAGUGCAAGAUAUUAGGGCCAUGAAUGGUGAAGCUGUCCAUGCAAAUCCCAGGAAGACAGGGAUGAUAAUUCUAGGUGGGGGGCUGCCCAAGCAUCACAUUUGCAAUGCAAAUAUGAUGCGUAAUGGAGCAGAUUAUGGUGUCUUCAUCAACACGGCCCAGGAGUAUGAUGGGAGUGAUUCUGGUGCCCGUCCUGAUGAAGCUGUAUCGUGGGGAAAAAUCCGAGGUUCUGCCAAGACCGUUAAGGUACACUGUGAUGCAACUAUCGCCUUCCCUCUGCUAGUUGCAGAAUCUUUUGCCGCGAGGGGGAAGAAAUCUGCCAAGACCAAGUCCUAAUACAAAUUUUGGGAAGAUGCAGUUUAUAUUUGUCAAUUACCCUUUAUGUAGCCCUGAAGCGAUUUAAAACUUAUACUUAACUAGGGACUUUUCCACAGCCCAAAAGGAUGUAUCUACAACCCUCCACAUACCCUUGGAGGUAUGGGGAAUUUGGAUACAGCUACAAAUGCUUUAGGAAAAAUAGCUUUUCCAAUGCUUGCCCUAUAUUAUUGUGAGUUAGCUCUAGUUUAGGUAGCCAAGGCAUUUUUGGGGAGACAUAUUAUUAUUGGGUCAGCAUUGACGUCUUUCGACAUAUCAAUUUUCUUGGAAUAAGAAAGCUGUGUAUUUGGAUUCCUCUACUGAGAUUAUUUGUUUUGCGUGUGUGUAUCGUAUCAUCAGGAACCUGACAAACCAUUUGAGGUUUA